CUUGCUUUUAUAGCACUCUUCAGUUAAAGAGACUUGGUAGCAUAAAUAGAAGGCAGGCUAGGCAGCGUUGGAUUCAAUCCAUGAAGAUGAAGAAGGAAGAUAUUGCAAGAGGUCUGGGAAUUAGUACCAAGGCAGAUUCGGCAAAUGUAGGCAACAAGGUGUUACCGGUGACAGAUUCAACAUUAACAACCUCGACGAACACAAAUGAACAAUGUGGCACAUCAGAAAAGAAAGAAAGGGUUAAGGGAGACAAAACCAAAACCAUGUCAAGAAUGAAGGAGCUAUUGAGAUGGGCUGCUGCUGCAAAAUCAGAGAAGGGAGGAAAAUUUAUUGCUCGAAAGGUUAUGCAAUUUCGAAACCGUGGAACUCUGAAGGCAGUACCAGAUGAUGAUCAACUUAGCAACGAUUCUCCGAAGAUCAGCUUUAGAUGGGAUUUGGAAAGCUGCUCCACCACUUCCUCUGCCUACACAUCAAUUUCAACAGCAUCUUCAUUGAAAAAUGAUCAAAUCAUGAUCAUUAACCAGGCUUUGAAUUCAACAAAGUGUCAAGACCCUGACCGGGCUCCAACGAAAGGGAACUGGAUCACCUCAGACUCAGAAUUUGUGGUGCUAGAGCUUUGAAGAUCAUCAAGUCUAAGAAUUGUUCUCCAAGGGUUGCAUAGAUCAACUGCUUGCUCUUGCUUAGUGAUUGUAUCAUAGUAAUAUGGAUUGAAGAUUUUAAAUUUUGUGAAAGAUUAAGGACUGAAAAGCAAAAUCAAUACAAGGAAAGAGUGUUUAUAUGAUC